AUAGAGAAUAAACAACCAAAGUUCAGUUGCUCUCAUCAAUCUUAUAAAAGGAGACAUCUCACUCUGUCCAACCUGUGCUUUGCUGUCUGUGCUUCCACCAGGAGAAGUUCACAAUGAUGCACGCAGCCGUGAGUAUCUGGAUCUUAUCAGCAGUGAUCUGCAUGGGGAGGGGCCAUCCCCAUGUGCAUGAGCAUGGGCAUGGCCAUGCUCAUGCUCAUAGUCAUGAUCACCAUCAUCACCAUGGUCAUGGCAGAGAUCACGCAGAUCAAGACACUGCCAUUGAGAGUCCCAGCGUCUCACUGGUGAAAUCAGCCAACAAAGCGUUUGCCUACCGUCUGUACAUGAAAUUAGCAGCUCAUGCAGACUCCCAAGGCAAGAAUAUCUUCUUCUCCCCAGUGAGUGUGUCUGUCGCCUUGGCCGCCUUGUCCGUAGGAGCACGGGGGGAGACCCACCGUCAGCUUUUCAGUGGUCUGGGUUUCAACAACUCAUUACUGACGCAGACAGAUGUAGAUCAGACCUUCCAGAUGCUCCUUCAAAGGACAAACAACACAUCUCAGGAAGACACCAAUGAAGGGACCGCUGUAUUCAUGGACAACCGCUUCAAGGCCCAGCCCGAGUUCCUGGAGACCUUGAAGCAGUCCUACCUUGCAGAUGGGUUCAAUGUCGACUUUACCCAAACCAAAGAUAGUGCCGAUACCAUCAAUAAGUACGUGGAGGAGAAGACCAACGGGAAGAUAGACAAGCUGGUCGAGAGCCUGGAUCCAAACACAGUCAUGUAUCUCCUCAGCUACAUCUACUACAAAGGAAAGUGGGCGACUCCAUUUGAUCCCAACCUCACCAAGAAGGACAUCUUCAUGGUGGAUGAGAACACCGAGGUUCCAGUCCAGAUGAUGAAUAUGGAGAAGCGUGUUGAUACCUAUUACGACAGGGCCAUUAACACAUCAGUCCUCCACCUGCCCUUCAACAGCUCUUACUCCAUGCUGCUGUUGUUGCCUGAAGACAUGUCAACACUGGAGAAGGCCAUUUGCCCAGCCCAUGUCACCAAAUGGUUGAAAUGGAUGUCAUCUAGGACACAUGACGUAUAUAUUCCAAAGUUCUCCAUCAAGUCUUCCUACACACUGAAUGAUGUGCUGACUGAAAUGGGAAUGACAGACAUGUUUGGUGAUCGUGCAGAUUUGAGGGGCAUUUCAGAUGCCCACAAACUGGCAGUCUCAGAUGUUGUGCACCAAGCCACCCUGGAUGUUGAUGAGGCCGGAGCCACUGCUGCAGCUGCCACAGGCAUUGGCAUCACACUUCUGUCCUUCCGCCAAAUCCCUGUCUUGAAGUUCAAUCGUCCAUUUAUGGUUAUCAUCACUGAACGCAACACAGAAAAAAUGCUCUUCAUGGGCAAGAUUAUUAACCCAAACAUUUGAUGAACUAGGCAUUUUGUGCGUAAGCACAGCUGUUGAGUCACAAAUAAAAUACUCAGAAAAA